AACCAAUGUUAUCUCGAGUAUCGUGUAUCGACUCUUUAUGAAUAUUCAGUAGAAAUAUGUACAGGUAACAGCACAUAUUUUUGGUGAAAUAUUCAAUAGUAGCGAUAUCGAAUAUAAUUUGGAAAGUGCAGACGAAACUAAAGUUAAUAGUGUUUUUAUUGAAGAUAUAAAAGUUAUUGAAAUAAAUACAGAUAAACUAGACGUGUUUUAAAUAGUUGCACAAUUUAUUGAUGGAAUUGAUAAGACCAAUGAUAUUGAAACAGUAAAAAUGGAUGAAUCAGAUUUCGAUGAAUUGGAUCCUAGGGCUGCGUCUAAUUGGACUGAGGAUUAUUUAGAUCAGCUAGAUACAUCACAGCAUAAUUUUCCGAACACCUUAUGGCACGUGAAACCACCACUCGAAAUAGCUUUGAAAUCAUCCGCCAUGCUGAUUAUCGGCAUUACCGGAAUCUUCCUAAAUUCCAUUAUCUUGAUCAUAUUGUUAAGAAACAAAUGGCUAUGGACUGCCAGUAACUAUUUGGUUGGGAACUUGGCGCUGACUGAUCUUCUAACACUCCUCAUCUGCCCUUGGUUUAUGCUCGUCAGGGAUUUCUACCAGCAGUAUGUUUUGAGGAAUUUCGGUUGUCGAUUUGAAGGCUUCUUACAAGCUUCCUUCUUAUUGGCAGGCGUUUGCGCGGUCUUGCUAGUGUCGUAUGACCGUUUAGCAGCUGCAGCGCUUUCAGCCGAUGCUCGAGUCACUAUCAAAGUUGCUCCUUAUUUAAUUCUAGUAUCAUGGAUUGCUUCUUUGACUGUUUCAUUACCAUGGGCAGUGAAAAGGGAAUUUGUGGAGCGGCAAUGGAAAAACUAUGUGGAGAUGUUCUGUGUAGAAGAUAGGGUCCUUGGCAUUUACUGGCACUUUCUACUUAUGUUACUGGUUUGGCUGCCUCUCGGUGUAAUGGUUGUAACGUAUGCUACAAUAAUGUGGCGUCUGGAAUGGAGUGUCCGUGAGCUCGCAUCUCGCGGUGGAGGCCAGUCCAUUGCUAGAGCCAGGACCAGGACCUUAAGGAUUACAGCCUGUGUUCUACUGGUCAGCCUGAUAUGUAGGAUACCAUUGACUGCUUUCAUAUACUGGAGGAACAAUUUACCAAACUAUGUCAAUUCGGCUGAUGGUAGUUUCCAGAUUAUGUGGUUUGCUUGUAACUACCUUAUGUACUUGAACUGUGCUAUCAAUCCUCUUAUCUAUGGAUUCACUAAUGCGAGGUUCAGAAAAGCUAUGGACAGGACUCCUGGCGUUGCUUGCUUUAAAUUUGGAUCUUGGUGCUGUUUGUGUGAUGUGCCCGCCAAAAAGCAUGAACAAGCUCAAGAGAAGAAUACAGAAAAGAUCUUCGUGAUAGCACAUUCACCAAAACCACACAAGAAAAUUUCUAAAGCACUUAAAAAUAUUCUACAUAUCAAGAAAGAUACUUUGGAAUUCAGCAUCAAAGUUGAUGAAGUUACCACAAAACCUACUAAAAUAACGCCAGUAAAAACUGAACCAGCUCUUGAAAAUGGAAAGAUUUAAAAAAUCUAAAGAUCCCACAGAUUAUUCUACUUAACCGCUACAUUUGCCUUUACUCUUCAAGGGGGAUUUUCUACUAGAGAUGUGCUAUGUUACGUUGCUGUGGAUGCGUUCUUAUACAUAGGCUCAGCACUGGUGGAAACUAAGCUAUGUUUUUUAUAUGGAAAGAUGCGUGCUAUGGAUGGCUUGCCUAGUAUCGAUACAUCGCAUACUCGAGCUGCGCAUCUUACUCGCACAGGUACAUUGCGGCGGCGCAUCUUCAUAGCAUAGCUACAUAGCAUAUCUCUGGUGGAAAAGCAGCGCAUCAGACAAAUGGGGCCGGAGUCUUGUAUGUAGAUACCCAGUGAACUAAACUUUUGUAACCGAGAAAGUGUAUUUGUAAAUUAUUUAAUUUUAG